UUCUGAGCUGUAGUCAAUCGGCAUAAACGUUGUUAAACGUCUUCCCAUAGAGUUAACGCCAAUUUGAAAAUAUGUCGGCUAAAAGAGGUUUGGGUCACACGGAGUAUUUGGAGAAGAAAAUUCCAAGAAAUCCAAAAUAUCAACAUGUUAAAUCAAGACUUGAUACAGGAAGCAGUUUGACAAAAUAUAUGGAGAAGUUAGAAGAAAUCAAAAGAAAUUACAGGUAUAGAAAAGAUGAGCUUUUUAAAAGACUUAAAGUGACUACAUUUGCACAACUGGUCCUCCAGGUUGCCUCUGUUUCAGAACUAGAUAAUGUUGAAAGUGAUAAAGACCUUGCUAGUAUUUCAGACAGUAUUUCAGUGGUUUCUGCUGCAGACACAGAACAGCAUUCAGUAACAACUAAGGGAAAAGACAGCCCUGAGGGACAGCAGGAGUCAUCACCUGUUGAGCUUUUUGAUAGCAAUAAUGAAACAGAAGAGAGAGUCUUAUCUGCCAGAUCGACACUUCAAAGUGUGAUAACUGGUGUUGGUGAAAUGGACUUAGAAAGACCUGAACAGAAGAAUUUCAACCAUAACAUAAUGAAUGAGAUGGAUGUUAAUAUACCCUACCCAGACUGUCCUUAUUUACUACUUGAUGUAAGGGAGAAAGAUCAUUAUGAUCAGUGCCAUAUCAUUGGAGCAUACAGUUACCCAAUUGCAACUCUUUCCAGGACAAUGAAUCCAUACACAAAGGAUAUAUUGGAAUAUAAAAAUGCUUCUGGAAAGAUCAUCAUUGUUUAUGAUGAAGAUGAGAGAAUUGCUAGCCAAGCUGCUACUACUAUGUGUGAACGGGGUUUUGAAAAUUUGUUUAUGCUUUCAGGAGGUUUAAAAGUAAUAUCUCAAAAAUUUCCAGAGGGCCUGACAACAGGUUCAUUUCCAGAAAGCCUUCAGGAAUUUUCUCCAACUGCCACUCGAAAACGUUCUACCCCAAGACAGCCAUCCUACCCUGCUGAAAAUAAGUGGAGGUUUACUACUGAUGACCUAAACAAAAUACAUCUUCGUUUUGAUGAGAUUCUUAUUCCUACUGAUGCAAACAGUCGCUACAGUAGACUGACAAAGUCAUCAAGUGCACGGAGCAGUCGUGCUUCAUCUGUAACUAGCUCAGAUAGUGGCUUUUCAAAAAGUAGCAGACCGUGGAAAUAGGAAAAAAAAAAGUUGUAAAUACAUGGAACAUUUUUAUAGCAUAGGAUUCCAUCAGCCUACACUAAAAGUAAAUGUUUUCUGUAUAAUAUGUAUAGUUCAUUUAAUAUUUGUGCCUUUCCUAAUGUAUUAUGUUCUGUAAAUGUUUGUGUGAGCUAGCUCUCAUGUGUUUGUACUGUUAGCAUCUAUUUCUAGAAUGCAAGGAUCUUCUCUCUCCCUCCCCCAUUUUAUGGUGCUAGAAAAUGUUUGAUUUACUUAGGGCCACGAAUACUUGAGCUAAUGGAAAAUAAUUUAACUAUGCUAAAUAAAAGAUUUCUAUCCAUUGUAUAAUAUUUUAAUAUUGGUGGAUGUCUGAUAUCUUUUUUAAUAGAUAACGAAUUAAAUUAUUUCACACCUAAAUUAUUGGUUACUUAUUUAUAACACUUGGGAUUUGUUUU